AGCCAGACCCCGCGCACUCUGGCAGCAGUCGUCCACUCGAUCACAUGGAUCAUGACGAGCACACUCGGCAAAUGGCUCUUGUUAGCUGUGCUUUGUUUCGUACCUCUCGACGGUGAAAUCUACCAAGACAGACCUAAAAUCAAGACUUCGGGAGGAGACCUCAUUUUGGAACCAGCUUUAGACAAAAAUAUAUAUCUACGACCAAAUGGACUGAAAUCAAACAUCUUCAUCGGCGACAUAAAUAUACUUAAAGCGAAGUUCUCAGACGAUGGAACGCAGUACCAGCCAACCACCAACGACAUCCCCUUCAAUAGUCUAAACAGUAUCCUGCAAAGACUAGACAAGUUGGAAAACAAGGACACUGCGCUACCAAGCGACCUGCUCUUCAACAUUACCUUAAUUUGGAGAAGAGUUAACAAUAUUCACAGGAAAGUGCUCAGUCUACAAUCACAAUUGGAAAGUCGGAACAGAGACGAAUGUGAAUCUCACCCGUGCGAGCACGGCGGAACUUGUCUCAACUUAGCGAAUGGCUACCAUUGCCUGUGCCCACCCAACUGGGAAGGCAGGGACUGUGAUGUUGACGUAAACGAAUGCAGGAACUUCGCAGGAACAGAUCUGGGAUGUCAAAAUGGGGCUACUUGCUACAACACGCCAGGGUCUUAUCAGUGUUUCUGCAAAUCUGGCUGGUUUGGUUUACAUUGUACCAGGAAGGCAAAAGACUGUUCCGGCGGUGAUUUUGAAAUGUGCGGCCAUGGAACCUGCAUUCCAGUAACUACAGGAGAGGGCGUUCAAUGUAUUUGCCACCAAGGAUGGACAACGAACAGCACCGGUAUUGCUUGCUUAACCGAUGUUAAUGAAUGUGAGUCUUAUCAAGGCCCCAGGUGUUCCGUGAACCCUAAAGUUGACUGUAUUAAUCUACCCGGCUCAUUCCGAUGUGGACAAUGUCCUGCCGGCUACGAAGGCGACGGCUAUAGUUGCUACGAUAUCGACGAAUGUACAACAAUACCGAAUGGAGGCUGCAGUCCUUUGGUAACAUGCCACAACACCAUUGGUUCUCGGAUAUGCAGCCCAUGUCCACCUGGCUAUCAAGGAGACGGAGUUACGUGUUCUUGGAGAGGUACGUGCAAUGUCAACCAUGGAGGGUGUCACCCGUCCGCGCAGUGUGUGGAAGGCGCUUCACCGACUGGUCAGUCGGCACAGUGUAUAUGCCCGGACGGCAUGGAAGGCGACGGUGUUGGGAUCAGCGGCUGCUACGUUGUUGCCGGUAGUAACUACACGGAUGGGUGUGCGCUCAAUCCUUGCGGCGUCCACGGUACGUGCCAUUCUGUUCGCACCGGCUACACUUGUAUCUGUUACAAGGGCUACGGUGGCGCACAUUGCGAGCUAGCUACUGACGCUUGUAGUGUCAACCCUUGCCAAAACGGAGGCAUCUGCAGAUCGGAUGAUAGUGCCAUUGGCGGCUUCCGAUGUGAGUGUGCAGCGCAAUUCUCUGGAACCUUGUGUCAGGUAAGAGCGAAGUCCUGCGGCGGAGUGCUAGAUAACGAAGAAGGCAGCAUUGUUUAUCCUUUGACUAACACUACGUAUAAUCAUAACUCUCAAUGUGCCUGGGUCAUACACACGGCGCCUGACAAAGUUAUCAAUGUAACGUUCAGUAAAUUUAAUUUAGAAGCAAGUCCCGAAUGUGUAUACGAUUUUCUUCAAAUUCAUGAUGGGCGUAAAUCUGCUAGUCAACUUAUCGGAAGAUUUUGCGGAAAUAAUUACCCUAAUGGUGGAAAUAUUGUUUCAAGUCAUAACAAUUUAUAUUUCUGGUUCCACUCAGACAAAACAGUUGCUAAAGACGGCUUUGCAUUACACUGGACUAGCAUAAAGCCCGUGUGUGGAGGGGAGGUGGAUGCCACAACACAUGGGCACAUCAGCUCGCCGGGCUCGCCCGGGCCUUACCCUCCCGAUCGUGAUUGUUAUUGGCAUUUAACAACCACUCUCGGUAAAAGAAUUAGCUUACAUUUCUUUGCCUUAGAUAUUGAAUCUCAUUCAAACUGCAGUUUUGACUACUUAGCAUUAUACGAUGGCGAACAUACGAGCGACCCGCUUAUUAAUAAAUACUGUAAUAGCACCCAGCCAGCACCCGUGCAAUCUGCAGGUUCCGAAAUGCUGAUACAUUUCCACUCGGACGCAUACGGAGCGGGACGUGGGUUCCAAAUAGUUUAUGCACCAGUAGAAGGCAUCCCUGGCUGUGGAGGCUACUACACAGCACCCAGGGGGGAACUUGUUUCGCCUUCUUACGACGGCCGCUAUUUGAGUAAUCUUCUGUGUGAGUUCAAAAUUAAGACUAGUGAAGACACAAAGAUCAAAAUAGAAUUCAAAUCUUUCAAACUGGAACGAUCUUUUAGAUGUAGUUACGAUUAUUUAAAAAUAUAUGACGGUCCUUCUGCUGAUUCUCGGCUUGUCGGAAAGUUUUGCGGAACAACGUAUCCGAAGUCGUACGUAUCAUCAUCCAAUACGCUUUAUUUUAUAUUUAAGACCGAUAGGAGUUUGCCGUCAGACGGUUUUCGAAUUACAUAUGAGGCCAUUUGCGAGAAAACUAUCGAAGGCGACAGUGGCGUUAUAAAAUCUCCCGGUUAUCCAUUUAGCUACCCAAAUAACAAAGUAUGUGUUUAUAUUAUCAGAACAGUUCCAGGCAAAGCAAUUCAAUUGACAUUCCAAGAUUUUGACAUUGAAGAUAAUAGGUAUAACGGUUGCCGAUACGAUAACGUUGAGGUGCGAGACGGUCUCGAUCAGAAUGCUACGCUACUGGGCAGGUACUGCGGCGGCGCCGCACACACGCCGCCUACACAAACGUCAACUUUAAAUUACAUGUACAUCAGAUUCACAUCAGAUUUAAGCCUUUCUGGCACAGGGUUUUAUGCUAAUUACACUACCAUAGAUACAGAAUGCGGAGGUGUACAUCGAGAGACAACAGGAUUAAUAAAUCAUCCCUCCGCGGAUAGUUCCGACACAGCUUACAAAAAUUACCAAACCUGUCGGUGGUUACUGUUGGCUCCAGAAGGGAUGCACAUAAAGCUAUCGUGGAACAGAUUUGAUUUGGAAGAUAUGCCGAGCUGCGCCAGCGACUACCUGGAGCUGUUGGAGAUAGACGAUAAUAAUGAGAGAGAUGUAUUGGGCAAAUUCUGUGGCUCCAAGUCGCCACCCGCUUUGACAACAUCAACUAAUCGAUUGGAGUUAAAGUUCGUAUCUGAUGGUAGUAUCCGUUAUGCUGGAUUUUCAGUGUCUUACACAUUUUUAGAUGAAAAGUCACACUGUGGCGGAGCGUAUAUUAAAUCUCACGGCUUCAUCUACUCUCCAGGUUGGCCCAAACAGUAUGAACCCAAUCGCGAUUGCACAUGGACUAUCACUGUGCCGGCUGGCCAACAAAUCGUGCUCAAUAUUUCUCAAUUCAAUCUAGAACGUCCUAUAAGAGACAGGUGUAACCUUGGGGAUUACUUAGAAAUAAGAAAUGGAGCUAACGAAAAUUCACCAUUAAUUGGACAAUAUUGUGGAGUAUUCCAAUCAAGACGAAUCGUCUCAUUAUCUAACGCUCUACAUUUGCAUUUUCAUUCUGACUAUUAUUUAACCGGUAGUGGGUUCAAAAUCGAGUGGGACGGUACGGUAACAGGAUGCGGAGGAACCUUAACUAGUCCUUCGGGCACCGUGACGUCACCGAAUUAUCCAAACGAAUACACCGAAAACGCUGAAUGUUUUUACAGGAUAGUUACAAGCGAAGGAUCAAGGGUCCAUAUUGCAUUCAGUGAACUCGAUCUAGAAAGAACUCCUGGUUGUAGAGACGACUACAUCGAAAUAUUCGACGGCCGUGAUACGAGUGCCAACGUCUUGGGAAAAUAUUGCUACAUGACCCCGGAGCUGAGUAAUAUCCAAACAUCUUCGAACUAUGCAUACAUAAAGUUCAGAUCUGAUGUAUUCCAAGGCGGUAAAGGUUUUCUGUUUAACUACAAUACUGUUUGUAACAAUAACGUUACCGGUAGAUACGGGGUUAUUGAAAGUCCAGGCUACCCCGGUAAUUGUCCGCUAAAUACGAAUUGCUUAUGGACAAUCAACGUUCCAAAGGGCAACACUAUUAACGUUACAUUUACAUUUUUCGAUAUCCCAAGGUCUUAUAGAUUUUAUCGUCCUUGGAUGAGAGUUCGUAAUCAAGAAGAAUGUCAUAUGGACUAUUUGCAAAUAAAAGAUAUUGCUGAUCCAAAUUAUUCAAGUAAAUACUGUGGCAGGACAUCUCCUCCUGCCAUAAGUACAAAGGGUAACUCUUUGCAAAUAAAAUUUGUGACAGGCAUUAAUACGAUUCACACUGGGUUCCGCUUGGAAUGGAUCAGUUCAGGAUGUGGAGGGCACAUUAAAAAGGACUUUGGCAUUAUAGAACUUGAUAAAAGCGUAACUAACGACAAGGAACUUGAGUGCGAGUGGCUUAUAGAAGGUCAAAUGGGUAAGAGUAUCACAAUCACAUUUUCUGAGAUUUAUAUGAGUGAUACUGCUAACUGCACCGUGGAUUCUAUUGAAGUAUAUAAUGGACAAAAUACAAAUACUCCAGUUCUCACAAAAAUCUGCCACCGCGACAUGGUCUCAGUAACUUCCGAUAGUAAUUUCAUGUUGGUUCGUCUCUCGAAGCGGUCUACACUCAGAGAUGUGCAUUUCACUUCACAAUUUAGAUCUGUGAAUUCAAAAUGUGGAGGUAUUAUAAAUGCUAAAUCCGGAAACAUAGUCUCUAAAAACUAUCCAAAGAAUUACGAUAACAAUUUGGAUUGCUUGUGGUAUAUCACUGUUCCGGAUGGUCAUAGAAUUGAAUUUAACAUUGUAGACCUCGAUCUUUAUUCAUUAAGGGAAUUCGGUAAUAACCAAGUGCUAUGUGGAGACUCGAUUCUUAUAUAUGAUUAUGAUAAUUAUUUACCUUCUCUAAAUUAUACAUACCAAAUAUGUCCAAAAUCUAAUUUAACACAAAUUAUUAGUACAUACAGUAAUCUUUUUGUUCAAUUUAAAACCAAUGGAUACGGAACGGCUAAAGGAUUUAAAGCUAAUUUUACUAUGACUUGCGGUGCGUUAAUUAAAACUAAACGUGAUGGAAUUAUACAAAGCGAUAACUUCAUUCGUCACGCAAAUAAAAGUUGUAUUUGGACUAUUAUGGCUGAUUCACCGGACCAAAAAAUAUCGUUGACAAUAACACUACUGUCAAUACCAAAAGACAAUAAUGUGAUAACAAAUAGAACAUGCCCUUCCACCUACCUCCGUGUUCUUGAUGGUGAUGACAAAUAUGCUCCGCUUAUCGGUGAAUAUUGUGGCCGCAAAGUACCACCUAUGAUUGUCAGUCACGGUAGUGCCGUCACAGUGGAAUUUGGAAGCCAUACUGGAGCCAUUACUGGCAUGUUUUCAGCCCACUAUUCAGCUCUUAGUAACGCAUGUGGCGGUACAUUAACAUCGGAAGAAGGUACCAUUGCAUCUCCUAACUAUCCCGGACCAUAUCCUAUAAACUCCGAUUGUGAAUGGAUACUAAAAGCGUCUCCAGGCAACACUGCCUAUGUCCAGUUUGAGCAAUUCGAUUUAGAAUAUUCGGAGGGUUGCAAUGACGAUUACGUUGAACUUCGUGAAAGCAAUGGAGCAGGUCGUCUCCUGGGUGUAUACUGUAGCAGUGAGACACCUACGAAUCAUAGUACGGCUUCACAAAUAUACAUUAAAUUCCACAGUAACUCAAAAACGAGUGGUAGAGGCUUUGUUUUGCAUUAUGGUUUUCAACGUGAAAAUGAUAUUACAGGACAUCACGGUGAAAUAGCUUCUCCGUUAUAUCCCACUUCAUACUUAGGUACAGGCGAAUAUACCUGGCGCAUUCUUACCACAGAUUCAGAUACGAUAUCGAUAACCAUUGACGAUUUGGAAAUUUAUACACAUACCCAAGUAAACUACAACAAAUUAACAAUUUAUGAUGGAUACGAUUCAACUGCGCCAAUAUUGCAAGAACUGAAUGGGGUCCUUGCUGAACGAAAAGUUAUUCAAAGUUCCUCCAGUGUAGUGUUGAUUACACUGACCACAGAUGAAUCAAAUGCGGGUUCCAAAUUUCAUUUAAGCUGGACUAAGACUGUCGAAAACUACGAUGUGGAAACAGGAAAUUCAGUAAACUGCGGUUCCAAUACUACUGAACUAGUUGUACCUGGGCACACUGCGAGUUUAUCAUCACCAAAUUAUCCAUCUGACUAUUCAGACAAUCUAAACUGUGAGUGGGUUUUCAAAUCAGAAAUGGGAAGACAUUUGGCUAUUAAGUUUGUCGAUUUUGAUAUCGAAGAUACCCACGCUUGUUUUGCAGAUUCAGUUUCUGUUUAUUCAUCUGAUACUCCUGGUAAUUGGCAGGUUGUCAAUGAUAAUAUAUGUAACUCAGAAAUAGCACGUUCUGGAUUUAAUACAAGCAUCUACAUGAAAAUUAAAUUUAAAACUGACUCGUCUAUCACUAGAAAAGGAUUCCUAGCUCGAGUCAACUCUAAAUGUGGUGGACUCAUGACUGCUUUGUCUGGACACAUCAAACCGACCUGGCUGGAUGUACAACCUCAAUAUCGGUACAUGAUUCCAACACAGUGUAUUUGGAGGGUUAAAGUGCGACCUGGCAGAACUAUUAAAUUACUGUUCACUCAAUUUAAUAUUACAAAUAAAAAUGACGAUUGUGAUACUUAUGUCAUUUUACGCAAUGGUGAUUCUGCAGAAGCACCCCUUUUGGCCAGUGGCAAAUAUUGUGGUUAUGAACACGAAAAUCGAGCGGACAUAGUUACUUCUAGUAAUUCUUUAUAUAUUAGUUACACGAAGGGAUCGUUCACAUUUCAAAGUUUCACAAUUUAUUAUGAAGAGCAAAACUUUGAAUGUGGCUCAACAACAACAUUAACUUCUGAUCACAGAUGGGAAGUAAUAAGUUCACCAAACUAUCCAGACGUACCAAUUCCCUAUUCGGAAUGUGAGUGGGUGUUUACCGCGCCACCAGGAGAAAUUCUUAGAAUAGAUUUUAUUAACCGGUUUGACUUAGCCGAAGACGAAGAUUGUGAAAAAGAAUCUGUGGAAAUACGACUGGGAUCUUCGAAAUAUUCACCACUAAAUGGUAAAUAUUGCAGUGAUAAACCAGGUACAAUUAAAAGUACUGGUCACACAAUAUACGUAAAAUACACCACCUCACUGGCUGAACCUCGGAAUGGGUUUAAAGCUAAUGUGUCUAUCGAUAUAUGUGGUGGAACUAUAGUUAGUGAUGCUGGAGAGAUAAAAUCUCCAGGAUAUCCACACUUGCAGAUGUUCCCUUAUGGAACUGUCUGCGAGUGGCGAGUUAUAGGACGUCCAAGGCAUGUGUUCCAAAUUAAACCAGAAGAUGUGCAGCUACCUGAUACGGAAUUAAACUGUGGUACCAAAAUUACAAUUGAAGAAUCUGUGCCGGCCAACAAUACUAUUACUGUUAUAAAAACAAUAUGCAACGACGACAUUACGUCUUAUGAUGAAUCGGUACAAACUUCAAGAAAUGAAUUCACGAUUAAACUUCAUAUAGGCAAACCAGACACAUGGGAACAAACUUCAAACAACAGAGGUUUUCGUAUUAGUUUUAACUCUUCCGUGCCAAUGUGUGGUGGUUCGAUUACGGCUUCCGAAGGUUACCUGACAUCACCUAGUUAUCCACAAGAAACCACAAUACGAUACUGUCAAUGGUUAAUAAAUGUUCCCGACAAAUCUAGGAAAAUUCGUUUGGAGUUACUAGAUAUGGACAUGGAGAAACACAGAAUAGGCAUUUUCAAUGACAUUGCCUUCCAUACUGUUAUCCAAACUAUCCCUAACGACGAUUAUGUUCCUGGAACAACUGUUUUUGAAUCAUCUGGAAAUAAAUUGGCUCUAUAUGUAUGGCUUAAUCGAACUGCUGUAACACACCGAUUUAAAGCCAGGUUUAGUUCUGAUGAAAAAGCAUUAUGUGGUGGAGAUCUUUCUGGAAUGAACCAAAUUCUUGACUCACCAGAUCUAAAUCAAUCUUAUUCGUGUGAGUGGCAUUAUAAUGGUCAGGUAAAUACAAACGAUUUAACUACAACAAAUACUUCUUAUAACUCAAUAUUUUUGACUGCCAAUCUCAGCUCAUCAGUAACCAGAACAGGGGCUCGUUGUCGAUUCUUUGAUCCUCAAAUCAUAAUCAAAACAGGGAAUAGAAAUAGAUUUACACGAUAUAUAUGUGGCAACUCGCAAACCUCAUUCAUUAUACCCUCACCUGUCAUGGAUGUCACUGCAAUCAAAAGUAAAUCGAGUUCUUUUAGCUUCCAUAUGGAAUGGAAACCUCAACCAUGUGGCGGUACUAUUACAGUGGGAGAGGACCCUGUUAACAUUUUACAAAUACCUAAUUCUUAUAAUGAUAGCAUUAAUUGCGCUUGGAUCAUUGAGGGGUCUACGAAUAGAGUGGAAAUUAAAACGGAAGGGUCUUUUAAAUUGGAUUGCGAUGAUGAAUCUGUUAAAAUAAGACCAAGCUUAAUUCAAAACGCACCUACAAUUGGAGAUUAUUGUAAAUCAAGACCUUUAGAUACUCCACUAAUCACUCAUUUUAGUAACGUAUACAUACAAUAUCACUCGAAAGCAAAAGACAGCACAAGUUUGAGGCUCGUGGUUAGGUCUGUGACCAACCAAUGUGGCGGAUUUCUUAGUGCUUAUCAGAAUUCAUUUGUGUCCCCAAAUUACCCUAAACAUUAUUUGCCUAAUCAAGAAUGUGCUUGGGAAAUACAAGUUGAUCUAGGGUUUAGAGUUUCUCUUAGAUUUAUUGAAAGAUUUGUGAUCGAGGAUCGUGUUAACUGCACGAAAGACGCUGUCAUAAUUUACGACUGGAAAGACAACGAGUACCAAGAGAUAGCUCGGGCGUGUGGUCGGCAGACACCGCCACCGUACAACUCCACGUUCAACCGCAUGAAAGUUGUCCUGCACACGGACGCAGAUAUCAAUCUGGAUGGAUUCAAAGCUACUUGGAAUUCCAUAUGUGGAGGAAAUUAUAUAGCAACUAAAAAGGAACAAAUUUUGUACAGUCCAGGUUUUCCUUAUAGUUACCAUCCGAGUAUGAGUUGCAAAUAUGAAAUAUCAGCACCAGGUAGCCGAAUAGUAAUUAAGUUCCUCGACUUUGAAUUGGAGGGUACUUUCCCUGACUGCAGAUCUGAUAAUCUCACCGUUUCGUCACAAUCAGAUUACAGCUAUACGUACGAAAUUUAUUGCGGCAGCAAAAUACCCCCUGUCUCCAUACUCUCCGAAAAAGUAGCGCUGGAAUUCAAUAGUGAUCGCUUUAUACAACGAAAAGGAUUUAGAAUAUCCUUCUUUAUAUUUGAAUGUGGAGGCAAAGUCAAUGAGAGUACUAUAUUGUCGUCAUCGCUUUCUGACACUUACGAUCAAAACAUGAACUGCACGUGGAUCAUUGAAGCACCACCAACAAAGAUCGUGGUAUUGAAAUUCCCUUUCAUAGACCUAGAAAGCAAUACAGAUUGCUACAGCGAUUACGUCGCGGUAUUUGAGGGUUCACUUGUUGAUCCUGAUAAGCGUUUGGCGAUGUUAUGUGGACAUGUCAACACAACAACGACCCUCAGAAGUAGGGGAAACAAGAUGGUGUUGCAGUUCGUCUCAGACUCCAGCGUGAGUUAUAGAGGCUUCAAAGCCCAAGUUUACUUUAGUUAUUCUGAAGCAGCUCAAUGCGGCGGACAUAUAAAUUUAACAACCGGAUCAUCACACAUUUUAAGAUCUCCUUUAAUGGGACAUCCUGUUUAUGAAAACUAUUUAGACUGUUUCUGGACUAUAAGAUCACCGCCUGACACAGUAAUCAGGAUUCAUUUUACUUCAUUCCACGUGUCUCCUUGCCAAAAUGUCAACCAAACUGCUAUCGGUUACAGUAAAUGCGAUUGUGAUUUUGUUGAAAUCAAAGACGGUAUCAACCCUAACAAUUUAGUAAUAGGAACUUAUUGUGGGCACACACUCCCUCCAGACCUAAGUUCUUCUAAAAAUAUACUGGGCGUGACGCUGUCCACAGACAGUGUGAUUGGGAGCCAAGGCUUCGAGGCCACGCUGACGGCACAGCCAUCAGUAUGCGGGACCUCCGUCAUCACAGUCAGUCAUACGCCACAACGCUUCAAGUCCCCGCGAUAUGAUGAUGCAGGGGCUAUCCCUCGAGGUCUUCACUGUUUCUAUCACUUAGACAACAGUGAAUCUCCGUAUAGUUUGAUUGUUUUAACUAUUAAAGAUUUAGACUUACAACCCGCCGUCACUGAUAGUUCGAACGUUACGCACUGCAAUAGAGACAAACUGGUUAUCUCUACCACUGAUAGUAAUCCAAAUAUUACCCUUGGAAAAGAUUUCAUCGUAAACUAUCAGGGAGCGGAUAUCAUUAAUCGUAAUUCUUUCUUCGAUAGCACACUGUAUAUACCACAAACGUACGAGUUUUGCGGGCGUAAAGAACCCUCGGAUUUGUAUCUCAACGGAGCUGUGACACUUAAUUUAAUCACGUCACCAAUAACUGAUUCCAAAGUUCACAAAGGUGUGGAUAUAGAAGUGGUAUUUGCAGGAUUCUGUGGAAGAAAUUAUACGGAACCGUACGGCCGCGUACAGGCUGCGUAUGCUGGCUACUCAGAUACUACACUAAGCGACUGUUACACCCUGAUAACUGCUCCAGAAAACUAUACAAUAUCCGCAUAUAUAUUUAACGCCGCACCAGAUUACUGGAACGAAAACAGCUACGUUGAUGUAUAUGAUGGAAAGAACUCAAACGCGGCUCGACUAGUAAGAAUUGCCACAAGUUAUGAGGGUAAUAAUCCCAUCUUCUCGACUGGAAGAUAUCUACUAUUGCACAAUCAUGAAAAUAAUGGCGAUCGUGUUACAUUUGAUUUGGUUUACGUUACAACUAAUAAAGGACGCGGCUGUGGUGGGAAACUGCACACUGUAGAAGGAAAAGUUACCAGUCCUAUGUAUCCCAACGUUUACAGACGUGUGUCGACCUGCGAGUGGGAGCUUGAGACGCCCGUAGGUACUCACUUAUUGCUACGUUUCCCUGUGUUCGAUUUAGGAAUCACAUGCGACCAGAAUUACGUCCAGCUUGUAGACAGUAAUGGAGUCGUAGUGCGAACAUUCUGCGAGGAGAUGCCUGCUGAGUUCAGAAGUAGCGAUAAUUAUGUAAAGAUAGUAUUUGUCACCACCAUGAACAAUGGCGGGACUGGUUGGGUUGCUGAAUUCAUUGGUAGUUUGUAAUAGUUGUUGAGUACUUACACAUUGCUUUUUUAUCUUGAUUUAACUUUUCUUUGAGGAUUAAUUUAAUAGGUAUAAGUAAUACUUGCAUGGCUACUUAUGUACAUACAUACGUAGUUUUAUAGGUAAUUCGUUUGUAAGCCUGUCGCAUGCCGCUUACACAUGUUGUUGUGAAGAUUUGAAGUUAAUAAGGUUACAUCGUACGCCAAAAAUGUUUAACAAUAAUAAUUACAAGGCAGAAGGAAAGAAAAAUCCUCAUUAAUGUAGUUAAGUUAUAAGUAAACUUGUCGUGACUCUAAAAUUAUUUGUUUUUUCAUUGUUUAACUUUGUAACUACCUAUAUUGUAUUUAACAUUACCUAAUAUUGUUUUUCUUUUGUUUUGUAACAGUUGUGUUUAACUUUAAAAAUUGUUGGCAAUUAAUAAUUUAUAAAUCGACUUUAUUUAAUUAAAGAAACAAAGCUA